GAGUUCAAUGCCAACAAUCGUCAAGUUGUUGCACUUGCGCAGCUCAGGAGCGCCUGCAUAGGCUGCUAGAGGUGCCUGGAGAAGGGAAAGUGGACAAUACCAUAAGCGCGCAAGCACUUCUACUGUGCUCUUUUGAGGGGUCUGUCAGCAAUACAGAAUGGAAGACUGUUGCGUGAUCUGUGCUGAGCCCCUGGAGUGGAUUGCAUACGGUGCUUGCGACCACAAGGAUGUCUGUUCAUCGUGCAUUGCCCGCUUGCGCUUUGUCCUUAAGGACAACAAGUGCUGCAUCUGCAAGCAGGACUGCCCAGCAGUCUUUGUCACAAAGGCUCUGGGCGAAUACACCGCCUCAGUCGACUUUGCCGCCCUUCCUGCGCGGGACAAGAGCAAGGGCGGAGACCUUUGGUACGACGAUCUCCUCAACGCUUACUUUGAUGAUCAAGACCACUUCAAGACAAUCAAGGCGCUCUGCCGGCUAUCAUGUAGCGUAUGCGUCCAAGCAGGAGAGACGGGGAAGCCCCUGCCCCGGGGUUCCGUGCCACCGGAUACUGUUUUUAGGGACAUUGAGCGGCUGAAGCAGCAUCUGUCUGGGAUCCACAAGCUGGUGAUGUGCGAGCUGUGUCUGGAAGGAAGAAAGGUGUUCCUCAGUGAACAGCACCUGUACACGCGCCAGCAACUAGAGCGGCACCAAGUCCGAGCGUGCCCAGAGGUCGAUGGAAAUGCCGAGGAGCGGGGGGGUUUCCAGGGGCAUCCGCUCUGCAAGUUUUGCAACCGGAGGCUGUAUGGAGAAGCGGAGCUGUAUCAGCAUAUGAAUGGGGAGCAUUACACGUGCCACCUCUGUCAAAGGGCGCGACCGGAUGUGUUUGAGUACUACAGGGACUAUCCAGAUCUAGAGAACCACUUUCGAAUAACACACUCCCUGUGCGAGCACCCCGACUGCCUACAGAAGAAGUUCGUAGUCUUUGUUUCCGAGAGCGAAUUGAAGCGGCAUAAUGCUCAGGCCCAUGGGGGAAACAUGUCUCGGUCCCAGCGGCGAGAAGCGCUGCAAAUACCGAUCAACAUACAGUACACCCGGCCAGGGCGGGGGGAGUCGGAGAGGGAGCCUGGUCGGCAGCGCGGCCGCCUCCCUCCUGAGAAUCGGGGCAACGUGCGAGUCCUCGAAGCGGCGCAAGAACAAGCGGCGAUUCGAAACAGCCAGGAGACCAACAUGAUCGAAGUAGCCACCCGUGAAUCAGUCGCCUUGGCUGAGUCCCAAAUGCAGAACAUGCGCAUCGAGCGGAGCCCAAGUGGGCGGGAGCAAUUCCCAGGCCUUGCCCGGGGGGGCGCGGCGCAGACGGCUGCUCUGAACGUGGGGAGGUGGGGGGGUUUGCACCCCACAGCGACAAACGACCCGGAGUAUUUUCCACCUCUUCCAGGGGCGUCGAGACACCAAAGAAAAAAGCAGGCGGCGCAGAGGCGGAUGACCGAGGUUUUGGGGGGGGCGGGGAGCAUUCAGGUGUUGCACAGCGCCAGCGGGGGGGGCGGGCAGCAGGCGAACUACCCCCCCCUAGGAGGAGCGGUCCCAAGCGCUGUGCCAGCUGCCCCCGCAGGGGACCGAGAAGCGAUCAAGGCGGCGAACCGGCAGCUGGUUGAGAAGAUCAAAUCCGGGUUAGGGGGUAACCAGAUUCUGUUCACCGAGUUCAAGCAGCGGUCGGCGCAGUGGCAGGCAGGGACGCUUUCCACCGGUCAGUACUACCGGUACAUUGUCGGGGUUGGGUUAGACGAGAUUGUGCCCCAGUUAGCGCAAACCUGCCCCGACCCCCAGAAAGCGAAGGAGCUGCAGAGUCUGCAGGCGGCGGCCGAGGGGGAGCGCCCCCCGUCGCGACCCGGCAGUGCGGAGAAUGGGCGGGGGAAGAAGACGGUGGCUGACGUGGCUGCGUCGGAUCCGUCGAUCAAGGCCCGGGCAAGACAAGCGGCCGCAGAUGGAUUCUGGCCAGCUGCAACUGGGGGUGUGAAUUACUCGCGGGGAGUAGGGGCCAGUCCUUCGGGGGCUGCGUCGCCUUCCCAGGGGGCGCUUCCGAAGCCGUACGCACCCCCCGGUUUCGGGAGAGGUUCUGGGGGAGCAGGGCAGAGCGGCAUCCUGGGGCCGGGCGCACCGUCGACAUCAGCAGAAAACGGAACGGUAUCGAAGCGAGAUGGGGCAGAAGCUUCUCUCGCCGGAGGCCCGUUUGCGGGUGGCGCUUUUGGCCGAGCAGUUUCGGCGGAUGACCUGGCUUCGGUUGCAGGGCCGUCACGGACGUCAUCCGUGCCUAGGGUGAGCUCAGCCGGGAGCAUCGGGGGUUCGGUGGACACGUCACACCUGAGAGACGCUCUGCCGGGUGUUCCGCAGACGUGGGAAGACGACGGGUGGAGCUGCAGCGUGUGUACGUUGCGGAAUAAGGCGGGGGAUACGAGAUGCAUCGCGUGCGGGGCGUUUUGGCUCGCGGACAAAAAGGACGAAGACGGCGCGGCGAAAGCGGACGAGGGGAAGCAGAAGAAGAAAAAGACGGGCAAGUUUCAGAGGUUAAGGUUAGGCGACGGGUCGAUAGCUGAUUGGGCGGAGUCGGCCGCGAACAAGGGGGCGGGGCCGAGCGCUUGGGGAGGGGGGUAG